ACAAAUUCACACAACAUUCAAACACAAGAUAAAGAAACCAUCUUACAAGAACUAAUAUUGUUUUUCAAAAUGGAGAUUGUUAGAUUCACCGUCGCCGUCUUUUUUGUACUUUACUCCGUAUCAUCAUCUAACGCCGCAACUGCACCACCGAGCGGUGGAGGCGGCGGAGGAGGAGAUGCUCAGGCAAUGCCGUGUAUACAGAAACUUAUGCCGUGUCAACCGUUUCUUCACUCGGUGAUUCCUCCACCACCACCGUCGUGUUGCCUGCCUAUGAAGGCGAUCGUCGCCAACGACGCGACGUGUCUUUGCUCCGUGUUCAACAACGUGGAUAUGCUCAAAUCGCUAAACCUCACUAAAGACAACGCUCUUGAUCUCCCUAAAGCUUGUGGCGCCAACCCUGACAUCUCACUAUGCAAAGCCAGCCCCGCGGGUGGUACUACUACGAAUUCGACGUCGCCGGCAACUCCCAAAACUCCUCCGGUGUCUUCCACUGGAAGCGGUUCCACCGGAGCUUCUUCUUCAACGACCUCACCGACAAGCUCUGCUCCGGCCAUCAACUUCGCCGGACUAAGCUUCGCAUCGACUAUCGUGGCAUUGGCAACAACCUUCUUCUGAUCUACUACUAUAUAUCACAUUUACGUCUUUAUUCGUUGUUAGAUAGGUUUAUUCUGUUCGAAAUUAUGUUUGGUUUUAUACCCAAAAAAAAAAAAAUUAUGUUUGGUUACGUACUCAUAUGUUGUGUGCAAAAAGAAAAAUUAAUAUUCAUAUGUAAUGAGAAAAUUCUAAUAAUAUUAAUGAUUUCCAACAGCUAUUUGCAAACAUUUUCUCUAACUUAUUUAGCGCCAAAAUUUAUAAACCAUCUCAUUACGGUUUUUAUUUUUAUUUUAUUUUCGUCUUCUUUUGAGAAAAAGAUGAUACUAGUAUGAUGUUACUAGUUCAAUGCAUUUAGCUAAUGAUGCAUGUUAUGUCUACGUACAAUACGAUUGACAAACAUGUACAUGUCCACAACUCAAUCUGAAUUAUGAAUGUAUAAUAUGAUGAAUGAUACUAUGAUGUUAUAGUUCAAACUAUUAAUACGAAAUAUGGUGUAUAAUAUAUAUAUGUGAAGCUCAAGUAGUAUAAAAUAGAUAUAUGCCUCUUUAUUAGUGUUUAGGAAGCUAGCUUUUUAGGCACUGUCAAGAUUUUGACGUUGCAACUAAUAAUCAUUCCAUGUUUUAAAUAUGUUGAAGAUAGCUACUUGAGAUGUCCUUUUCGCUUUAAUUCUAAAAAUGUGUUUAUAUAAUGUUAUACAAAUAUUGUCACUCUGUGCUUUAAGAUUAUCGAUUUAAUAAAUCUUGAUACAGUUCAUCAAAUGGAUUCGGUUUAAUUUAUUUUAGUUGUUAGGUUGAAGGACAAAAUAAAUAAAAUUAGCAAGAGUAAACAACAAACACAAGUUGAGUCUCAAGAAGAGUCGAGGGGACUUUAAAAAUAAAAUCACAUACAACAAUACG